AUGGCUUCAGCCGGAGACUGGUGCCUCAUUGAAAGCGAUCCUGGCGUCUUCACUGAGCUUAUUCGCGGAUUUGGUUGUCGUGGGGUGCAAGUGGAAGAGAUCUGGAGUUUAGAUCCUGAAAAUUUUGAAUCCUUAAAGCCUGUUCUUGGGCUCAUCUUCCUGUUCAAAUGGGCACCAAAUUCGGAGCCAGAUGGGACGAUCGUACAAGACAGUCGGUUGGAAAAAAUAUUCUUUGCGUCACAGAUCAUCAACAAUGCCUGCGCCACACAGGCCAUCCUCAGCAUCCUGCUCAAUGCUGUCCACGCUGACCUUGAGUUGGGCGACACUCUUUCUAGUUUUAAAGAAUUUGUUCAAGACAUGGACCCAGCUCUUCGAGGGCUUAGUUUAAGUAAUUCAGACACAAUAAGAGAGGUGCACAACAGUUUUGCAAGACAGCAAAUGUUUGAAUUUGACGAGAAGAUGGCCAAAAAAGAUGAUGAUGUUUUCCACUUUGUGAGCUAUCUGCCCAUUGAUGGAAGGCUGUACGAGCUGGACGGUUUAAAGAGUGGGCCCAUCGAUUUAGGCCCCAUCCCUGCAGACAAAGACUGGAUCCACGUUGUCAGGCCCAUCAUUGAGAAACGUAUGCAAAAGUACAGUGCAGAUGAGAUCCACUUUAACCUAAUGGCCCUGGUCUCAGACCGGAAGCGAGCCUACACCAAGCGGUUGCAGGAGCUCACCAGUCUCGUGGAGAACAGUGGGUUAACCGCUGGCGAUGUGCUGGCAGAGAUUUCCAAACUUAAGUAUCUGAUUGUGGAGGAGGAGAGGAAAGAACAGAGGUACAAGCUGGAAAAUAUCCGUCGGCGCCACAACUACCUGCCUUUUAUUAUGGAACUGCUCAAGAUUUUAGCAGAAGACAGACAGCUGUUGCCAUUGAUAGAAAAG